CAUAUCAACAAGGACCCGACCAUGGAGCAGGGCAGGGAGGCCUACUACUCCUCCGAGGAGUCCUUCAUGACGGACUAUAAGAUGAUGAUGACCUUGGGCCAGGGACAUUUUUCCAAGGUCAAACUGGCCUUCCACGUUCCUACUGUAACCUGUGUGGCUGUCAAAGCUGUUAGAAAUGAGGAGAACGCGUCGCUUGUCGAGCGUGAAGUCAACAUCAUGAAAUCUCUCAAACAUCCGAAUAUCAUUCAGUUGUUUUACGUGCUCCAAUCAAGAGAGACCACCUUCUUGGUGAUGGAGUACGCAUCAGAGGGAGAUCUUCUUCGACACAUUCUGGAAGUGGGGUCCUUAGAGGAGAGCGAGGUGCGAAGGCUAUUUACCCAGAUACUCCUUGCAGUGGAGUACUGCCAUAGCAACCAUAUUGCCCACAGGGACAUUAAGGCCAAUAACAUACUCCUGGACAGCAGAGGUGAUGCCAAACUGUGUGAUUUUGGCCUUGCUGCCAACGUGACCCCAGGACAGCUGCUGAAGGACUUCUGUGGCACUCUGCUCUACUGUGCCCCAGAACUCUUUGCAGAGGAGGCCUAUGAUGCGUAUGCCACAGAUAUGUGGAGUCUAGGUGUGCUCCUCUUCCUAAUGGUGGUUGGGCGCUUUCCCUUCCGGGUCAGCUCUUCUAAACGUGUUAGGCAUCAGAUCCUUGCCGCAAACUUCACCAUACCUCAGCACGUUUCCAUGGAUAUUUUCAAUGUCAUCGUAGAACUACUGAUGAUCAACCCGGGAAGGAGGCCGACCAUUGAUCAAAUCAUGAAGCGCCCCAUGAUCAGGGACAGGAAGACUCGUUUGCCACCUCCUUCCACACAGAAACCCCCAGGCGCCCUGAGCCCAAGCAUUGUCAACACCAUGAUGGUCAUGGGGUAUAAAUCUGAGGAGAGAAUUGAUUCUCUGAGAGACCCAAACUACAACCAGGUGAUGGCCACUUACCUGAUUCUCCAACACCAGUCUCCUGGGGGAGACUGCUGCCAUCACCAGGUGAAAUCCAUGCAGCCAGACCUUGUCCUCAACCUGGAUGAUCUUCACACCUUCCCUGUGCCCCUAAGGCGAGCUAGUGAGCCUGCUCCCCUGACCUUCACCUUGUCAUCCAAUCCCCAGGAGAGAGAGCAUGAGAAGAAUGCCAGGCAGUGUGGCACAAGGCAUAGCAUGCCUGCCACCCUGUGCCGCCACUCAGAGAGGACCCGACCUCCCCACCAGGUCUACCUGAACAGGCAUUGUGCUCUUUUCCUCACAUGCAGUAGCGAGGAAAUGAGCGAGAAUUUCUCUGAGUCGAUGAUCGGGAAAAGUGGCAGCCUGAGGGCCAGUGUCCACCCAUCAUCACUCUUAAUGUACACUGCUUCUUCUAGUCCAGAGCACAAUGAGACCACACGUGACACAGGCAACAGAGCUUCCUGCAGUUACCAAGAGGAAUUCUGGAGCUCAGUGGAGACAGUUCAGAGUGUAACUCCCAAAGGCUCCUCCUCCCACCAAGAAGCCACCACAAAAGAAGCAACCGUAACCCAGGAAGAGGAUGACACACCUGAAAUGACCAUGACUCAGGAUGACUCUAUCACAGAGGAGAAUGCCAUCACCCAUGGCCAGCCUGAGGUUGCCGGCCCAGCUUCCUCCCAAAGCCGUAGGCGCCACAGGUGGAAGGGGGUCAAGAGAGCAAUGGUGAACUGCCUCAGACACCUGUGCUGCUGCCUGGCCCCUGCCAAUAGAAGCCACGACUCCUGUAAGAACCUGGCUCCAAGGAAACAGGAUCGUGGAGUCACCCACAGAACCAGUGUGGAAGAGGUCCAGACCCAGCUCCGUGGCUUGUGAGCCACGGGUUGGGGAUGGGUCUGGCUGAAAUGCGGACAGCACACAAAGGAGCCAGGCCAGAUGUCUAAGAAUCAGUGUGUCCGCCGGCCACCCGAGUUUAGCUCUCACCAGGUGAUUCCCAGGCAGGGAGG